AUGCCUCGAGAAAAAUCAGAAGAAGCGCAGUGGUGGUAUGAAGCCGUGUACUCGGCCAUUCAGCAAAUCCCCCACGGCAAAGUCACCAGCUACGGGCACAUUGCCCUCCUCCUCGACUUCCCCAAACGCGCCAGACAGGUUGGUGUAUGUCUCAAGCACCUGCCCACGUUCGACCCUGCAAAUCCGGAUCAAUACUUCUUUCACGAUCAGAAUGUCCCGUGGCAGAGAGUGGUCAACUCAAAGGGCGGCAUCAGCCCGCGCGGUGAUGAUGGGGCAGCAGCAAACAGGCAGGCGGAGAGAUUGCGUGCCGAGGGGGUCGAAGUCAACCCCGCCAGAGGUAUUGAGGAGAUGACGGUCGACUUAGGCGCAUAUGGUUGGUUUCCAUCAAAGCUGCCGGAUGAGGAGAGUGAGGAUGACAUGCAGAGCCGAUAG